UGCCCCUCUAAGAAAUGAAUCGGGUCAACGGGUCGGGUUUUGAAUAUUUGACGGAAAAAGGGCAGAUAAAAACAUGAACCCUAAGCAAAAACAAAACCCUAGCUCCAUUCCCUCAGCAGCAAGCAGCUCCAUCCACCAUGGGCAUCGAUUUGAAAGCAGGAGGUAAGUCGAAGAAGACCAAGCGUACAGCCCCCAAAUCCAAUGAUAUCUAUCUCAAGCUCCUCGUCAAGCUAUACCGUUUCCUUGUUCGGAGGACUGGUAGUAACUUCAACGCCGUCAUCCUCAAGCGUCUUUUCAUGAGCAAAGUCAACAAGCCACCGCUAUCUCUCUCCCGCUUGAUCCGUUACAUGAAGGGAAAGGAGGGUAAGAUAGCUGUAGUUGUGGGAGCUGUGACAGAUGAUAUUAGGGUGUACGAAGUGCCUGCAUUGAAGGUAACUGCCCUGAGAUUCACUGAAACUGCCAGAGCUCGGAUUGAGAAGGCUGGUGGCGAGUGUCUUACCUUUGAUCAGCUUGCUCUUAGAGCUCCUCUUGGCCAGAACACAGUUCUUCUUAGAGGCCCUAAGAAUGCCCGCGAGGCUGUCAAGCACUUUGGACCAGCACCUGGUGUGCCCCAUAGUCACACCAAGCCCUACGUUCGUGCAAAGGGACGGAAAUUUGAGCGUGCUAGAGGAAGAAGGAAUAGCAGAGGCUUCAGAGUUUGAGUUCUGGAGCUCAAAGAUGAAGGAUUUUCCGAUUUAUCAUGUGACCGUUCUGUAUUGUUUUCCUUUUUUUGUGUCGUUAAAACAGUUGAUUUUAGUUCAGUUUUCCUUCCCUCAAAGGGGAAAAAGGAUUGGAACUCGCUCAACAAUUUUGGUUUAUCACUACUGUUCUAAUGAACUCUAUGAAAGGAUUAAUGAGUAGAUUUUCUUCA